CCUGCCCGUGAGCAAUCUCCCAACUCAUCUCUGCUUUGUCGCCUUGGGCCUGGCUACUCUCAUAUUCUCUCUGGUAGAAGUCUGUUUUUGAGAGAUGAGUAGUAUUGUUUAAAUGGCAAUCUCCUUGCAUAAUAUUGCACUCUUUCUGCUACUUUGACAGGUCGUGAUAAAUCCAGUUGGGAGAAAGCGAAACCAUUCGAUAAAUUCCGUGUUCUCAAAGUCAAGUAACUGAAAAAUAGUAUAUUGAAAUCUAACUUAUAUUAAAUUAGAUUCGACAUAGAAAGCUGCCAGAGUUGUAUCGGCUAACUUGAAUGAAGCCGAUUGCUUUUAGAUUCAUUCUGAUGUUUUUUGGACAACGAGUAGGUGGUGGCGUAUUUGUGCAAAAACAAAUACUGGAUGAAAGCUCAACCGCUAGCAAAUCACGAUCAUUCUGAUCAGCCGAUCAAGAUCGUAAUAAGAUCAUGUCCGCGAUUUUAAAUUAACAGUCUAGGUUUAGAAAUAAACGCUUCAAAAAUUCAACUACACCUCGACGAAUUUACCUCUACUUUUUCGUACACAAAACCAAGGACGUACUCCAAGAAAUGUUGCAAAACACGGAAGAAAUGAUACUAAUGUAACCAAGAAAGGAAGACAGUUUGGAUGCAGGCAUGUCACGAGAUAAAUCCGUUAUCGAUGGAGGAACAUAUCGAUAUGCAAUUGUCCUCUAGUGAUCGAAAUGAAGCUUCAAUGCAGGCAAGCAUGACUGACAUAGAAGUUAUACCUUGGUCCUUGCGAACAAUCCUCCAGCGAGUCUGCCUUUCAAUAUGCAUCUUUCAAGGUGAUAUCAAGGCUCUUAGUUCAUUGAUCAGAACACAUGACAUCUCGGAGAAGGACAAACAAGGAAAUACACCUUUGCAUUUAGCAGUUAUGUUAGGUAGAAAAGAAUGUGUUCAGUUACUACUCGCACAUGGUGCACCUGUAAAAGUAAAGAACCUUGUGGGAUGGAGUCCUUUAGCGGAAGCGAUUAGUUAUGGGGACAGACAGACUAUAUCUUCAUUAGUAAGGAAGCUUAAGCAACAAGCAAGAGAACAGAUGGAAGAAAGGCGACCAAAUUUAGUUGCAGCACUCCGACAAAUGGGCGAUUUUUAUAUGGAACUAAAGUGGGAUUUUCAAAGUUGGG